UUAGCAAAUGAGUGUCCGGUUUUAAACUAUUGUACACAUUAGAUCUGAUUCAUCUUAAAUGGUUGUUUAGUAGUAUUGUACACAUUAUUCUCAAAAAAAAAAAAAAAACAUUUUGCUCAAGCUACUUACUUAAAACCAGCUGAAACAUCACAAUCGUUGAGUUUUUUCAGGGUUUACCUUUUUGUUGUUGUGUUUUAUGUUCAUCUUACAAACUAAUAAGUUCACAAAAUUCUUUCAUGUUGACCCAACACAAAUUGAUCCGCAUUUUUACAGUGCAUAUUAUGUAAAUGUAUGUAUAUUGCUAUGUUCAUUUUGUACAACUGACUGAUUUGUGUGCAAAUCUGACUUAUGUUCAUCUAUCCAGUUGACAAAAUGGCAGCAAACGAGACUGAUGUGUAUGCUGAAAAUGUGUUCCUCUGCUUUCCGCUUCGCCUAGACUCCUGCCUCAGUGCGCAGCGCCUUACUACAGUGAAGGUGGCUAUGUACAUAUUAAUGCUUCUCAUUAUAUUUCUAACAGUUUUCGGCAACCUGCUGGUCGUCGUCUCCAUCUCAUACUUUAAACAUCUGCAGUCUCCAACUCAUCUGAUCGUUCAGUCUCUGGCUGCAUGCGACUGUCUCCUGGGCUCUUUGGUCAUGCCUUACAGCAUGGUGAGAUCUAUUGAAGGGUGCUGGUAUUUAGGAGACGUUAUUUGUAAAGUGCAUUCAAGCUUGGACAUGACUCUCUCAAUCUCUUCUAAAAUGCACCUGAGUUUAAUAUCCGUGGACAGGUACUGGGCAAUCUGUGACCCUUUAAUGUACAGAACGAGAGUCACAAAUUACAGCAUAACUGUGUUUAUUAUGUGUGCGUGGCUGUUUGCGUUUGUGUACAGCUUUUCCAUUGUGUUUUCAGAGGUGAAUCUGAUAGGUCUGGAAGUACUCGUCUUACAAAUAUCCUGUUUGGGAAGUUGCGUACUUUUAUUCAACAAACCCUCAGCUCUUAUUUGCUCGAUUCUGACAUUUUUCCUGCCCGGUGCUAUUAUGAGCUCUCUGUAUGUAAAGAUCUUUCGCGUUGCGAGCAAACACGCAAAGGUUUUAUCAGAAAGAGUCUCUGUGUUGGAGAUUAAGAGCCAGACGUACGCGCAGAGAGAAAGAAAGGCUGCCAAAAUAGUGGCCAUUGUCGUAGGUGCUUUUUUGUUAUGCUGGCUGCCUUUUUUUGUGGCCACUGCUCUCGACCCCUUCCUCGAUUUCUGGACUCCGGCUGAUGUCUUUGAUGCUUUGGUUUGGUUCGGGUAUUUUAAUUCCACCUGUAACCCAUUGAUAUAUGGCUUUUUUUAUCCACGCUUUCAGAAGGCAUUCAAAAUCCUGAUGUCGACUGUUAUGUGUGGAUCCAGCAGCUCCAGAACACUGGCGUUUGGAUGAAUCUGUUGCUUUAAUCUGAGUUAGGAAAGGAAGUAUUGAUUAUCAUAUUGAAUCACUGCAUUUUAUUAAACUCAUUGCAACAUUUAACUAUUAAAAUUAACCCCAGCUGUCCCCUUUUUUGCAUAACUGUUUCUUCUGCUGCUGAAAUAAAUGGGCUUUUACAAUUGUCA